AUGCGUGUUUACUGUCUGACACGUUCCGAGCGUGAACUCAAAGAGACGGCGGUGGCUCGCACGAUCCGGAACUUGGAUCCUCAACUGCAUCCCUUUGAGCGCGCAAGGGAGUACAAGCGAGCACUCAACUCAGCGAAGAUUGAGCGUGCACUGGCGAGGCCGUUGGUUGCCGCUUACGAAGGCCAUGCCGACGGUAUUUAUGCUAUGAGUGUGCACCCCAUCCGAAUGGCCGAGGUCGCAACUGCGAGCGGCGACGGUGAGGUACGUAUAUGGCGCUUAUCGCAACGCAGCGCAGGUUCGGGAGAGAGUCUCGUGCAGAGCCGCCUCGGACACGCUGCCCCUGUAUGUGGUCUUACAGCAACGUGUGACGGACGUUUCCUGCUCUCAGCGAGCCAGGGAGACGCGGUGCAGUCCGUUGUCCAGCUGUGGCGCUGGCCUGUUGCAGACGGAGCGAGUACCUGGACUCCGCUAUGUUCCUAUAGACGCCUCCGGGGGGGUUUCGGCGACGUCAGCGCCUCGCCCAGUCAAGGCGCAGUUUUUACGACAGGUUCUGAGGACGGUUUGAUUGAAGUUUGGGACUUCCAUCGCUCAGAGCCUCUGACACGGUUUGUAAGUCAUGCGGAACUCCCUGUCGCUGUGCGACGACUGCAUUACCAUCCCUCAGAGCCGGCUUUGUUGGGUGCAUGCCUUGCGAGUCGCGAGCUAGCAGUCUAUGAUACUCGUGAGAAAACCAUGCUGACGCGCUACCGGCUGCCGAUGCAGUGCAACGAUUUAUCUUGGAAUCCGAUGCGGCCUUUCCAGCUUGCCGUAGCCUGCGACAAUCACGAUGCGUACCUCUUCGAUAUUCGACGCAUGGAUCGGCCGCAGCAGCUAUAUCAUGGACACGUUGGUCCAGUGCUCAGCAUCUGCUUCGCGCCAACUGGGCAUGAAUUGUGCACCGGCAGCUAUGAUAAUACAGUGCGAAUCUUUGACUGUAGAGAGAGCAAAUCCCGCGAUGUAUACUUUACCAAACGAAUGCAGCAUGUGUUCCGAGUGCGAUAUACCAGCGACGCGCGCUUCAUUCUCAGUGCUAGUGACGAUGGCGAUCUCCGAGUUUGGAAGACGAACGCCGCCGAACCGUUGCGGCAACUGCUGGUGCGCGAGAAACGGAGCUUGCAGUAUGCGCAGAAACUGCGCGAACGCCACCGGUACCUGCCUCCAGUCCGUCGCAUUUUGCACAGCCGAUUCCUCCCUCGAUACCUCCAUAACGCAACGUUGCAGAAAAGAGAAGAGUUGAAAAGUCGUCAACGAAAAGAAACUCGGCGUCGAUUGCACACUCGCCGCCGAUAG